AUGGUCAUCGCUGUGAACUAUGCUUAUUCAUUGACGGAAGUGGACAUCCUUCUUAUCUUACUGGGACUUUUUCUUAUCUACAAGUUCUUUUGGACCAAGAAACACUAUAUAGAUAAGCCGAAACCUUCCGAGGUAACAUUAAUACAGUGAAACGUUCUUUAAUCCAUUUUUUUUUGUUUCUAGGGCGACCCUGUACCUAUGCAAGAUUUCACACUUGAAGAAUUGAAAAAGUUUAACCAGGCUAACCCUGAUAAUCUUCUUGUGGCUAUCGACAGGAAGGCAAGAAAGGAAAUUUUUAACUGAUAAUUUUCAUCUAUAACCAGGUUUACGACCUGACAAAGUCACGUAAAAUGUACCAGGAUGAUAAAAAUUUGUUGGAAUGCCUCGAAAACCUUGCCGAUCCGACUCCAUCGACAGUCGACAAGGUUUUUUCGUUUUUUUGUGUUAAUCAAUUUUCUUUCUCUCAGGAAGAACUGAUCAAGUGGCAUAAACUUUUUGAGAGGAAAUACCCUUUGGUUGGAAAAUUGAUAAAAUUGGAAAACGAUAAGGCAGUUUAGGAUGGUCCUAUGGCUUCAGUAACUUCUGUUUUUUGUACAAUGUGCUGUUAUUUUUUGUUAUUAAACAUUCUUAUGGAUGAUCUUCUAUCACUUUUUUUUUUUGAACAACCGGUUGUUUUCCGCGCAGUUUCUCUUCAUUUUUGUGGCUUUCGAUUAUAAAAAAGUUUCACAAAGAGUCUCAGAUGGCUUUGAUGUUUCCCUGUCAUAUUCCGAAAGCGCCAGUCAAAUGGAACGAGCAUCUGUGGUCCGUGGAAGUCACGCCGACCGUCGAAACCUUCCUGACCACUGUUUUUGAGCAUCGCCGCGACGCACAAGUCGGUUUUUUUUUCAUUCUUAGUUCGGAAAAGUUAGGGAAAUAAUAAAUCCGAUCAUUUCCAGUUCAACAGCGAGCAACAUCGUCAUUUAACCGAAAUGAUUGUCAAAAUGCCGAAUGAAGAGGAGGAGAUCGCUGAUGAAUGA